GGGCUGCGCGCGUGUGCGUGUGCGCUGCCGCCGGCCGCGCCGCGCUGAGCCGCCGCGCUCCAUGGGGCCGUCCGCGCGGGCUGCCCUGCCCGCCCCGGCCGCCGGCAGCCGCCGCCGCGGAGCCGCUCUAGGAUGCGGCUGCUGAGCGCCGGCACGGGGCAGAGAGGCGGCCAGCCUGCCUGCCGCGAGACCCUGAAGCCCCGCCGGAGCCUGGCCGCGGCCGCAGCUGCAGGGGGAGCGCUCCGGACGCCGUCUUUCCCCGGGAGGCACCAGGCUCGUGAAUCUAAUCUACAAUGGAAAAACUGCUUUUGUUUCUGCUGUUCAUUGGCGUAGCAGUGAGAGCUCAGAUCUGCCCAAAGCGCUGUGUCUGUCAGAUUUUGUCUCCGAACCUUGCGACCCUUUGUGCCAAGAAAGGGCUCUUAUUUGUUCCACCAAACAUUGACAGGAGGACCGUGGAAUUAAGGCUGGCAGACAACUUUGUUACAAAUAUUAAAAGGAAAGACUUUGCCAAUAUGACCAGCCUUGUGGACCUGACGUUGUCCAGGAAUACAAUAAGUUUUAUCACACCUCACGCAUUUGCUGAUUUGCGCAAUUUGCGGGCUUUGCAUUUGAACAGCAACCGAUUGACUAAGAUCACCAAUGACAUGUUCAGUGGACUCUCCAAUCUUCAUCACUUGAUACUUAACAACAACCAGCUGACUCUGAUUUCUUCCACAGCUUUUGAUGAUGUUUUAGCUCUUGAGGAACUGGAUUUGUCUUACAACAAUCUGGAAACCAUCCCCUGGGAUGCCGUGGAGAAGAUGGUUAGUUUGCACACUCUCAGUCUAGACCACAAUAUGAUUGAUCAUAUUCCUAAAGGGACCUUCUCCCACCUCCACAAGAUGACCAGGUUAGAUGUCACGUCUAACAAACUGCAGAAGCUACCGCCUGAUCCUCUCUUCCAGCGAGCUCAGGUACUGGCAACCUCAGGAAUUAUCAGCCCCUCUACUUUUGCGUUAAGCUUUGGUGGAAACCCUUUGCAUUGCAACUGUGAGCUUUUGUGGCUGAGGCGUCUUUCCAGGGAAGAUGACCUGGAGACAUGUGCUUCUCCCCAGCUCUUGUCUGGCCGGUACUUCUGGUCAAUCCCCGAGGAGGAGUUCCUGUGCGAGCCUCCCCUCAUUACCAGGCACACCCACGAGCUGAGGGUGCUGGAGGGCCAAAGGGCAGCACUGAGGUGCAAGGCCAGGGGGGAUCCAGAACCAGCAAUUCAUUGGAUUUCACCCGAGGGCAAACUUAUUUCUAAUGCAACGAGGUCUGUGGUGUACGACAACGGGACGCUCGACAUCCUCAUAACGACGGUGAAGGACACGGGCUCUUUCACCUGCAUUGCUUCCAACCCAGCUGGGGAAGCCACACAGACGGUGGACCUGCACAUAAUUAAACUCCCUCACUUGCUGAACAGUACUAACCACAUCCACGAGCCUGACCCUGGCUCCUCGGAUAUCUCUACGUCCACCAAGUCAGGCUCUAAUGCGAGCAGCAGCAAUGGGGAUACUAAAGUCAGUCAAGACAAGAAGGUGGUCGUCGCUGAAGCAACAUCGUCUACUGCUCUGCUGAAAUUCAAUUUUCAAAGAAACAUACCUGGAAUACGCAUGUUCCAGAUCCAGUACAACGGUACUUACGAUGACUCCCUUGUUUACAGAAUGAUACCUCCCACGAGCAAAACCUUCCUGGUCAACAACCUGGCUGCUGGGACUGUGUACGACCUGUGCGUCUUGGCCAUCUACGAUGACGGGAUCACCUCGCUGACUGCCACCCGCGUCGUGGGGUGCACGCAGUUCACCACCGAACAGGAUUACGUGCGCUGCCAUUUCAUGCAGUCCCAGUUCCUGGGUGGGACCAUGAUUAUCAUCAUUGGUGGGAUCAUCGUGGCCUCCGUGCUCGUGUUCAUCAUCAUCCUCAUGAUCCGCUACAAGGUGUGCAACAACAACGGGCAGCAGAAGGCCACCAAGGUCAGCAACGUGUACUCGCAGACGAACGGGGCUCAGAUGCAGGGCUGUGGCGGGGUGCUGUCCCAGUCCGUGUCCAAGCAGGCUGUCGGGCACGAGGAGGGCGUCCAGUGCUGCAAGGCUGCCAGCGACGGCGCCGCCCCCUCGCCGGAGACCGGCUCCGGCCAGGACGCCGCCACCACUACCUCCGCUUUGCCUCACGCGUGGACUUCCAGCGCUUCUGCCCCCCAGAAGCAGAAGCGGAAGCCGGGGCCAAAGCCAGGCAGCGAGCCGCAGAGUGAAGCUGUCACGAAUAUCGAGUCCCAAAACACUAACAGAAAUAACUCCACUGCUCUGCAGCUAGCUAGCCGUCCCCCCGACUCUGACAAAGGGGCCCCCACGUACAAAAGAGCACAAUCAAAGCCAAGUAAGUUUCUCACUUUGCCGGCCGCCACGUCCAGAGCCAAGCGCAGGCUGUCGCUGGGCGGGGAGCUGCUGCAGUGCCGCUGCCACCUGGACGCCCCGGGCGCGGGCGGACUGUGCUCCAGGCGCAGCCUCUCUAUGAACGGGAUGCUGACCCAGGCAGACCGCUCUGACGGGGAGAGUGGAAAAGCAACUUUCUCGAGUUCUGAGUGGAUAUUGGAAAGCACUGUGUGACCUGCCUUUUGUUUUAUUUAUUUUUUAAGUUUAAUUUUUUAUUUCGGUGAAAAACAAAACACCAAACGUUGUGUGAAACUCCAUCUCCUAGGGAAUGGGAUUUGGAAGUCCACUGUUGUCUCGCUGAUUAAUGGCUUGUUCAUGCGGGGUUCUCUAUAAGCCACCCAGUGCACACAGGGUUUUAUCUAGUUUCCAUUUUGUUUUAUUUAUUAUCAAAACUGAAGGCAACAUUGAGAGAUUAAAAAAAAAAAAAAGAAAAAAAUUAAGGGGUGAAAAAAACAUGAUACAGCACCAGUGCCUUCCCUACUCUAGGACUGGCUUCCUGGUUCUGCAGUAGCAGAAAACAAAAGAGAGAGUUUUCACAGAAAAAGCCUUUUAUAAAGGAAAUGAAAUUUCCUCCAAGCUAACAAAUAACCACUUCUGGAUCAAUCAGUAAAAUAUUUUUUAAAAUGGUCAGACUGUAUAUUUCUUUUCCGUGACAAUGGUGUUGCCUUUGUUUUUAGGCAGAUGCUGUACAGAAACAACAACAUUGUGUUGUUAUCUUGUGUAAAAUAAAAUACUCACUCGGUACACCCAGCCGGCCUCACGGUAUCUGCCCGCCCGCAGCCCUGCCCGGGGCGCGGACAAGGACGAGGAGGAGGAGGAGGAGGAGGAGGGGUGGGACAGGGGAGCACUGGGGCAAGGGUCCCCCUCUGCCCAGAGCCGGGGUAUCAGUGCCAAAGCUGGGAAAACUGCCGCCUUUCAGCAGCAGCAUCCAGGGCCAAUACCUGACCAAUUGCUCCCAGCUCGUGCGAAGCUUGGUUUGCUGCAUGGGAAUUGAAUUUGUCGAGCUCCAAGGAGAGCGCUGGCAGCUCGGGAUGGCGGGGAGCGAGCCCGAGCGGAGCAGCAGGUGUGGGUGCAGGGGCCGCGUGCCGCUGCGGGAGGGCAGCAGUGGGCUCUGGAGCUGCUCGGCGAGCGCCGAGGGCAGGGGUGGUGAUGGCGACCUGGUCUGUUCUGGGCCUUUGGGGGCCCGUUUCCUCUAAGCGCUACAGUUUGCAUCAGGCCACCAUGUAAAGACAAGCAUAUGGCAAUAAGUGGUAACAGUUGAAACACCCACGUUGUGAGGAUGACAAAUGUGCUGCUGCUGCUCUGCGCGUUCUAAAGAAAAUUUUACAAUUACUAUUAAUUAAACUUGUAAGGUCAUUGUGUUUAAAUCAAAGACAGUUUAACUGAGCAAUUUCAGUGCAUUCUCAGAUGCUAAAUACUGGUUUUAAUAUAGGCUUUGUGACCAUUAAAGCGAUACAAUAGUUAAAUUUUAUACCCCUGUGCUUGUGCUUGAAGGAAAUAUAACCCAAGCAGAUGCUUGAAGAUGUCCUGGCUCUAAGCCAGCGCAUCCGUGCAGCAGGUCAGCCCCAGGACUGUCGUGGAAGGGGGCUUCUCCUCACAGUCCUCUGGGAUUCUGCUGCCGAGGUGCUACAGCUCUGCCCUGGGGCGUGCAAAACCUUCUGUGGGUCUUGGCUGCAGUGUGCCGCUCCCUGCUUUGGCUGUCUGUCCGGGAAGCGUGGAUCCUGGGUGGGGGUGGUGUAAAGCACAUGAAAAGAAGAGACUGUUUCUUUUUUAGAAAGCCCUUUCUCUUCUUUGGAAGUGCAGAGACCAGAAAGGAAACGAAGCCUCAAAAUUAGAAUACCCGUUUCCUGCUGGAAAAGCUAAAAACAUCCCUCCAAAUUUCUCUGGAAGAUCACAUUCUUCUAGAGCGGAUGUAUGCACAUAAAUUAGCCAGUAAAAUAGUGCACCACCAGAGAUAGUGAUAUAUUUGUCAAAGUGAUGGUAGUUUGAAAAUGAAGGCAUUGUCAAGUAUGGGAAAAAUGAGUACUUAAGUGCUCCAUUGAGGAGCUGGAUCUCUGCAGGUAGUACCUUCACUUUAUGCUUGGGUAAGGAGACAGCUCUAAAGGUUUUCUGCUGAGGUACUUGUUUUAAUUGUGCAUUUUAAAAACAUCAAAUGAAAAUGCUUUAUAUGUUGUCUAAAAUUGGACAUGUGUCUAAUGUUUUGUGAAGGUGCUAAAAUAUUAAUAGCUUCUGGGGGCUUAGGGGGCUUUAUUCUCACAUUUUUAAUUUUUUACUCUAAGGAAUCGAUUUUCUAAACACUGAAGCUGAGUAUUCUGUCCACAGUGCAUUUGUAUAAGCAGCUUAGAAGGACCAUAUGUCACCGUGUUUGAUUUAAUUCUGUGCUAAUAUUGCAGGAACAGUUAGACCUGGAAAGCUGAGGUUUCUUCUCGUGCAGCUUUCUCUCUUCGUCAGAGAUGAGUAUCCAUUGGGUAUGCGCUGUGCCACUGCCACUGUAGUAAAUGCACAGCAGGACAUUUCAUUUUAUUUGGGCUUGAUUCCACAGAAAGCCAUGCGAAGGAGGAAAUUCUGUCCUUUCUGUUCUGCACAACCAGAGGCUGCCAACAGUUAGAGGCAGAAAAAGUGCUGAGAUAUUGCUUGCUCAGAAGAAUAACAUUUAUGUAUGUUUGUUCAGUGACGUUCUGGAAAAUUUUCUAGUUCUUCGGAAACAAAAGUGUGCAUUUAAUGAAUCCAAGCCAGGAGUACCCCGCUGUGGGUGCUUGGUGCCAGCACGCUGGCAGGCCCUGGGAGCUUGGGGCGCUGGUGGCGUGCUGAGACUCACACGGGUCUGGUGUGCUGGGCCCUGCUCCUGGCUGAGCUCCGCCGGCCCGGGGCUGUGCAAGGGGUGUGCGGCACCGAAACCAGCAGGCGGAACCGUGCUGCUCCGGGUAUCACCUGGCCUGCAGGUCUGCUGCCUUUUAAUGAUGCUUCUUGACAAUAGGUUUUACUCCUACUAAAGUUUCUGGCACAUGCUUCCUCUUGCAUCUUUCUAAAUACACUCGUAAUCCCUUUUCCAGAGCAUGGUUGUUCUGUUAAGGAGGUCUGGUACAAAUAAUGUUUGGAUGGAGAAGCAGGGUUUUGUUGGAUAAAAAGUUUGUUGUGUUAGCUUUUCUUUCUGUGCCGCUUUCUGCUUAUGUUUUGGACAUGUUCUUGACAGUGAAUAUAUGGUACUGCUCAGCUCUGGGUGCAAAUGUGGCUUUAUUUCUGGCAACGUGUCCUGGUUUGCUUGAAGCCCCCCCCCCAGGCACCCGUGCAGCCCUGCGAUAGAUAACAAGGUGAAUGGGGAGGAUGCGGCCGCCUGCUGGGUGCCUGGCAGAGGUCCGGCAGGCGGCCGGGGGUGCGGAGGCGCGUGUGGCCCGGCGGGCGAUGCCCGCGGGGGGCUGCGGGGUCGUGCCGUCCCCACCGCGGGCUCGCCAGCUGCGGGGCCCUGCCCUGUGCUGCUGGCGCUGGCGGCCGCCACGUGGCUGCAGGGACAAGUCCCGUGGUGGCUGGGCAGAUCCUGGCGGGGACGGCGGGAGGCGGUGGCAGGGCCCGUUCCCGCACGCUCCCGCUCUGCCAGCGUCCCCGUGGCCGUGCCCGGCGUGUGGCGCGGCGCCAGCGCCUGUCCCAGCGGGUCUCCUGCCACUGGUGCUGCACCCAGCAGAGCUGCUGGAGGCUGGAGCUGUGCUCGCUGCCGAGCAGAGCUGGUCGCAUUUUCCCAGAGGUCUGCUGGUUGCUGCCUCGUGCUCGCACGUUGCGGUCCUGAGUAACGCGAGCCAGCUGCGCGCCUGCAAAGCAGCACGAGCCAGCCGAUCAAUGCCGAGCUCUGGUGGGUGGCAGUCCUGCAGGGCCGGCUGUCCGUGGGUCCUGCGGCAGCCUGCUGUCCCUGUGCCCGCUGCUCACGUGUCCUUCAAAAAGCACAGCGUAGCUCUUCCUGCGUCGCCUGUAAAACCAGCACCCAGAGCCACAGCAGGCACUGUGCAGGGAGAGGCAGUGGGUUUUAGUCCCCGGUGAUUGAUCCAACGAGCAAAAGUAAUGGUCACGGUUGUUAUCACUUACUGUUGCUUCUCUUCUUUUUAAUUGGGAGAAACUGGAAUCUCAGAGGUCUUGCUUGCAGAGUGGCAACAUUUGUCGACCUCGCAAUAUCUCCAGAAAAUUUAUUGUCCUGUUCUUUUAAGGUGCUGCUUGUAACAAGUGAUGUUCUCUUGCUCUCUUAAAGCAACAAUAACAACAGUAACAGAACAACACAAUGCCUUUCCCAUGGUAACUUAGUAAGUAAUUUUAAGGUAGGUCAAAGUUCUGGUUUAAAAAAAAAAAACAAAACACAACACAACACAGCAAAAUCAAUAGGGUCCUGCUUACUGAAAACGUCUCCAGUACUUUGCUUUUGCAAAUGUCUUUCUGCACGUCUUCUAGUUCAGCACUGACUGUGACACCAAAACGCUGACUGCCUCUGCAGCUGUGGGCUGUGGCAGCAGCUCCUUUCCUCUGUGCAGAUGUGCAAGCGUGCGCCUUUGUCACAGGUGUGGUGCAUUGGGUGUGUACCAUCAUUUAAAAAAAAAAAACUUUUCCUGUAUACAGCUGAUGUUUUAUUUAAAAAAAAAAACAAAAACAACAACAAAAAUCUUUCCCUGUAUACAGCUAAUGUUAACAGCUAGAGCCUAACAGUGUUUUGCAAGGAAAGCAUUGUCCCCAUGGCAGUGGCUGUAUUACCUCUCCCACUGUGGGGUGCCCAGGCCCCCUGUUGGGCCGGUGCUCCCAGUGCCCCCAGUAAGUAGCCUUGCUGCAGCACCCCUCUGAGCCCGCGCCCCCUGCGUCAGCGGUGCUCACCGCUGCGCCCGCCCCAGGGCUGGCGUGUGCCUCGGGGCACCGGGGCGGAGAGGGGACAGCAGCACUGACUGUCCCACUAGGGCUGCGGGGAGGUGGCUGCGUUAGGCAUGUGUGCUUUGAUGUCGGAUGAAGUCAACGCUGUGAAGUGUGAAGAACAAAUGUGCCAUAUUCUGAGUCGCUCUUUGAAUGUGGCUGUGGCCUUGCUUUCACAGCAACGCAGGUGUCCGUGAAGCAAAAGUGUGGAGGUUAGUGGGGCCGAAAUUGAAUGGGUUAAAGCAUGUACAACCUGGCAUCAGUAAUACAAAGCCAAGAGAAGGCAAAUCCUACUGAUCUUGCUGAUAGUAAGCUUUUAAUACAAUUGAUUUAUUCACAAGAGCCAGGCGUGAAGGCUGCUGCUUUAGCAAGAAGGAAGCUUAGCUUGCAAGGAAAGCAACUGAAAAAGAAAAAAGCAAACAUGGCAAAUUGCUGGCUGCAGAGAGACCACGAGUUUGAAACUUUGUCUCUGUGGAAGUAAGCAGAAUGAACUCUGCUGCUUUUGUUGUGCUGGAACAAGCUGUGUCCCCCUCAGGCCAUUUGAAGUUGUUAUUCAAUUGAUAUCAACUUCCCAAUUGAUAGAAAUUAGUAAUAAUUGAUAACAAUUGUUAUCAAUUGGGAAAUUGGGAGCAAGUCCAUGUGCCUGCCUUGAUGCCACAAUGCGCGUCCCCCAGGGGAAGCCUGGUCAGUGCUGGGGGGCACCUCAGGAGGGGCUACCCCUUGCCCCAGCUCACAGAGCCCUGCAGGAGGGUGGCCACAUGCUGGAGACAGGAGAGCAGAGGAGGGGAUGCAUUUCCCUGCUUUUUUCCCCCAGUCUGUAGCUAGAGCAGCGCAGGUCAGGAGCGUGUCCCCAGCACCGCAAGUGCACUGGGAGCUGCUGCCCUCCUGCACGUGCAGCACACGCUUGCCGGUGGGGCUGCCCGAGCCCGUGGGAGCUACCGGGGGCAGCUUUUAGUGCGGGAAUAGUCACGGCAUGUCCUGGCCUGACGCGGAGCCUCACGGGCACUCGUUCAUUAAACUCCUGGCUUUGCCCUGAAGCCGCUUUCUGGGCUGGCUCAGCACAGCUGCCUAGCUGUCUGGGGCUGCACCAUGGGGGCCCAUUUCCUCUGUCGUGUUGAAGCUGCCCUUUAAGGGUGACUUCUGCCGGUGCUGGAGCCCUGUGAGACACUGGGUGAGCCUGCAAGGCGCAGCAUUGCUGCGGCCGGGAGGAGCCACAGGGCGACCUUGGAGCAGCUUUGGUCUCCCAGCAUCACUGGGAAUUUUGUGUGCAAGCCAUGCCGUCUCUUCUGCACAGGAAAUUUUGUUUGCAGAGGACAAUGAGAAGGAAGAUUAAGGGUUCUGGCACCUGCCCUCUCCACCCCCGUGCUCCCUUGGGUGGGGUGGUGGUGGGCAGCACAACCUUCCUGCGGGGUCGGUGGGCAGGGAGCCCCCCAAGCCCCGGCGCUUGGCUUCACGCAGCUGGGAGAGCUGUGACCGCAAGGGCGAACUGAAAGCAGGGCGCCUGGCUGGUAGGUGGGUGCUGCAGCCUGGUGUUUCCGAAGGUAAGUGAGGCUGUGGGGCUGGCAGGCAGCGAGGCCGGAGCCCUGCCACGCGUGGCAGUGGCCUCCCCGAGGAGCAGGGGUCCCCUGUGCCGCCUGCUCUCCCUGCUCCCUCCGGCGCACACGGUGCGGUUGCUCAGUGACGGGCACUUACAAACCUGCACGUUUUCCACAUAGUGACUUUUUCACUUGCAUGUAAACCUUGCAAGGGCCAGUGCUGGACAUGUGCCCAUCCACUGCUUUCUUUUGGUGUUUUCACUUCUGUGCAAACUUCUGAAAGUAUACCAAGAGUUGAAAUCCCUAUCGUAGAAAAGGGCUUCACCUCAGAGAAGGCAAAAGCUAAUCUAGAAAAUGGAAAAUUCUCUGAUUCUGGAACAAUGAUCUUUACCUGGUCUUUGCUUUGUGUGGGUGUUUUUUGUUUGUUCAUUUGCCUUUUGCAGCAAGGGGCCAGCCAGCACUCCUGCUGCAGCUGAGGCCGGGCGAAAGGCCCGAUCCUGCGCUUUGUCCCCUCACUGUCUCUGUUCUGUCUCUUUGCACAGAAGCUGACCCGAAGGACGCCUGCCCUCCUCCGCUCCCUGAAAACGUUGCCACCGACGUUUUUACUUGGCA